UAGCAAUAUAUAUAAAAUGUCUGAAAUGAAUGAAUGGUCAAAGUGGCUUGAUGAAGCCGUUACUAAAAAGCAUAUUAAACAUUAUGAGUACGAAUAUUUUAAAAAUAUUCAAGUGAUUGGUUUCGUUAGUUUUGGAAAAGUAUAUCGUGCAAAAUGGAAAAAUUCAUAUCAAUAUUUUGCAUUGAAAUCUCUUCAUAAUAUAGACGAAGACGCAAUUAAAGAACUUGUUCAUGAGAGAAUCGAAGCAUCAACUAAAAAGAAAAAAGAAUUAUUUGGUGUAGUUUCCAUGGAUCCAAAAAAAUUCGGCAAUAAAUCAUUUUCUUUAAACAAGAAGAGCGACAUAUACGGAGAGUCAUAUGAUGGCUGUUUAGCUGUGCAAAUUAUGCAAGGACUUACUAUUCCAGAUACCCCCAUUGAAUAUGUUAAGCUUUAUACUGAAUGUUGGGAUGACAACCCAAAUAAUCGGCCAUCUAUUCAAGAAGCCGUUGAAAGAUUAAAUACAAUCAGUUCAUUAACAAAUAUACCAAUUUAUCAACAAAAUGAGAAUAUUGACAAGAUAACAGAUAAAAAAAAAAAGAUUUGA